UUCUCCCUCUGCCACCGCCGCCUUAUCGUCUCCUUUCUCUUUCUAGGAAACCUGCAGCAGCUCACUGAGCCCGAGUCCCGCACAAUCAUGGCCGUGCCAGUCUCCUUUCAGGUCCGCGCCACAACCCUGCCAGGGGAGGUUAUUGCAAUGUGUGGGAACAGUGAUAUUCUGGGUUUUUGGAAACCCCAAAAUGCAGUUAUCCUACAACCCGAUGAUAAUGAUUGUAAACUUUGGAAGACAUGCAUUCAGCUACCUAUAGGAAUCGAAUUGCAAUAUCGAUAUUUUAAAGGUUACUUUCUGGAACCAAAGAAUACCAGAGAUUCAUGCCAAGUCAUAAUUCACAAGUGGGAGACCCAUCUACAGCCUCGAUUAAUAAAGCCUUUAGAUACUGAAUGCCUUAUAGAUGGUGGAGAAUUUGGAAUCCACAAUGGCGUUGAGACUGUGGAUUCCGGGUGGCUGACAUGUCAGACAGAGCUUAGAUUACGGCUACAUUAUUCCGAAAAACAACCUGUUUCUAUAUCCAAGAAAAAAUUUAAAAAGUCUCGGUUUAGAGUAAAGUUGACCUUUGGAGGCUUAGAAGAAGAAGGUGAAGAUGAAGAGCAAGAUGCAGUGGCUCCCAUUCUUCUUCCAAAGAUGGACAGCACGUUUGACAUCUCCUUAAUAAGCAACACUGAGUACAAGUCUCGUCACUCGCAGCCAGAGUGUGGCUAUGCCCUGCAGCCUGAUCGCUGGACAGAAUUCAGUAUACACACCAUGGAUCCAGACAAUUUGGAGCUACUUUUUGACUUUUUUGAGGAAGAACUGAGUGAAGCUGUGGUGCAAGGUGACACUCUUCCUGGGCAUGUGGGAACUGCUUGUCUCCUCUCAUCUGCAAUGACAGAGAUUGGGAAAAGCAAUGGCGUUCUGACCCUUCCCAUAAUGAGCAGAAAAGCAAGACAGACACUCGGGAAAGUUAGAGUGGACUAUAUUGUUAUUAAGCCAAUCCAAGGCCAUCACUGUGACAUGAGCGUUUCCUUCUCCAAAUACUGGAAGCCAAGAACACCACUAGAUGUUGGACACCGGGGCGCUGGGAACUCCUCCACAACUGCAAAACUGGCCAAGGUUCGUGAGAACACUGUGGCUUCCCUAAAGAAUGCUGCCAGUCAUGGGGCAGCCUUUGUUGAAUUUGAUGUCCACCUAUCUAAAGAUCACGUCCCCGUCAUAUACCAUGAUCUUACUUGUUGUAUAUCCAUGAAAAAGAAAGUAAAUUCUGAUUCUUUGGAGCUAUUUGAGAUACCUGUUAAAGAACUUACUUAUGACCAGCUGCAACUAUUAAAACUUGCACACGUAAAUGCACUGAAAUUGAAAGACCAUUAUGAUGCCAUUGAUGAAGAAUGUUCUGUUUCGGACAACCAGCCUUUUCCAUCUCUUCAGACGGUUUUGGAAUCUGUCCCUGAAGGCGUUGGGUUCAACAUAGAAAUCAAGUGGAUCUGCCAGGAAAGAAGUGGCAAAUGGGACGGCAAUCUUUCCACUUAUUUUGACAUGAACCUUUUCCUGGAUAUCAUUUUAAAAACCAUUCUGGAAAAGGCCGGCCGGAGGAGGGUGGUGUUUUCUUCCUUUGAUGCGGAUAUUUGCACAAUGGUUCGGCUGAAGCAGAAUAAAUACCCCAUACUCUUUCUGACACAAGGGCAGUCUGAUAUUUAUCCAGAGCUGAUGGAUCUUAGAUCACGUUCUACUCCAAUUGCCAUUAGUUUUGCUCAGUUUGAAAAUCUCUUGGGAAUCAACGUGCACACUGAGGAUCUCCUAAUGAACCCAAAUUACAUUCAGGAAGCUAAGUCGAAGGGUUUAGUGGUAUUCUGUUGGGGAGAUGACACCAAUGAUCCAGAGAACCGUCAACUAAUGAGAGAAUAUGGGAUUGAUGGAUUAAUAUACGACAGAAUUUCAACAUCCUAAAUUGUAAAGAACAGUGAAGUCAUAAUCUUUGAUCAGGAUAUAAGACUGGAACCCUGAACAGCCAAACGUAUUCUAGGUUGAGCAUAUGGAGCGUCUCAAGAGAGAACUUCCAGCGGAAAUGUUGAAAAGCUGCAUCUGCCCCAUCUUUAACCACUUCUGCACCUCCUCUGCUUGCUCCAAUGACAGAAUACUUGUGGAUACCAAUGGCAUCGCUGCCCAACAACCAGUUUAACCCUUCAACGUCCAUUAGCUUCUCAGGGCUGCAUGUGCUGCGGAAACCUACAUUUGUUGUCCCUAUUAAAGCAAUAACCUAGUUAUUGCCUUCAGAACCCACUCGGACCCAAGUAUUUUGGAUAAAUAUGUUCGUUGGCCAGAUAUAAUUAUCAUUCCUGUAUACAAUCGCAUUUUUUAUGCACCCUGAAGAAUUCAGUUUCACUGGUGCAUUCAAAUAGCUGUAAAAUGUCUUAAUUUUUUUCCUGUACAAAAUGAAUGCAAGACUUAACCAGAGUACCUCUAUGGCAGCGACCUUCUGCUUUUAAGUGCAAUCUGAAUGUUCAUCUAGCAGCUGUUCCCUAUAUGCACAUUUAUUAUUGCUGAACUGUAGCACGUCUUUAUGUCUGGCCAGUGCAGUUACCUCAGCAGCAGACUUUGCACAGCUUAACACAUUAGUACCAAACUAAUGUCUGUCCCAUAUUGCUUGAGAAAAUAGUGAAAUGAUUGUGCUGUA